ACAUUGACAGUUAUGUUGGCAACGUGUUAGUACUUCGUCAGUGUCAAAGUGAAAUGGGUGUUCGAGGGUCGUUUUCGGUUGUAAAUUCGACGUUUUCAAACAAUUUCGGUUAUUUUUCUGCUUCUUGCCAAAGACACAAAAAGCCUAAACGUAUUGUUUGAUAUAUCUAUAUCCUAGAUAAUUCGCGGAAGCUUCGAGAAAAGUGGGUUUGGUGACACUUUGACAGUGUCAUCUGGUGGAAUUUAUUGCAGUCGCACAUUUAGCACACGUGAAUUUAGAGGUUGAGGUCGUUUUGUGCUAAUUUGGAAUCUAUUUUCAACAAUAUGGAAUCGUGGGACGACGAUAAUUUCGAGCCUCCAGUAGUUACACCUGGUGUGCUCGCUUCCAACAAAUGGGAAGGCGAGGACGAAGAUGAGGACGUCAAGGAGAGCUGGGAAGAUGAAGAGGAAGAAAAAGUUGUUGAGACUCCAGUUGAAGAUUCAAAGCCCAAAGCAAAAAAACCAACACUACAGGACAGAAUUGCCGAAAAAGAAAGGCGUAAGAGAGAAGAGAUUGAAAAAAGGCUGAGGGAACAACAGGAAGAAGAGCAAGAGAUAUCAGCGGCAGAGAAAAUUCAGAUGGAGAAAGAGUCGGAUUUAAAAUUAGCACUUGAAACUACAUUUGGUUAUGGAAACGCAAAUAACACUUCAGCUGGACUGGAGGGUCUCGACCUACCAUCAACCAAGGAAGAGUUUCAAGAUUUCACAGACGUCCUCUCUAAGAAGCUUCUGCCUUUAUCUAAAAGUACGGAAUAUCCACAGUUCACUGAAAAUCUUUUAAGAAAUCUUUGUGCCACUAUGUCCUCAUUAGAUAUUAAGAAAAUUAAGAAUACUUUAGAUAAUCUAUAUUUGGAAAAACAAAAAAUUGAAAAGGGUGAAAAAACAAAGAAAAAUAAGGGCAAAGGGAAAGCCAAAUUAAAAUUGGACGAUGGAAAUCCUCUAUCAGCAUAUGUAAAUGACUAUGAUGAUUAUGAUGACUUCAUGUAGCAGAUUGAAGAGUUUUAGAUAGGAUUUUAAUAAAUAUAAUUAUCUUCAAUACAUACAGUUAACUGUUAAAUUAUAAAUGGUAUUUUUAAAAGGAAGUAAUGAAGGUGUAGUGUAUUUUAUCAUGCAAUAUGUUUUCUUUUUUUUUUAAACAUAUUUUUUUUUAUUGAAAUCGUGUUUUGUAUACUAAUUAAUAGUCGUAUUUUAACUUAAUAUGUUAAUUUGCUGGUUUUGUUGCUACAGGUGUAGAAAUUGUAAUAUAUGAAGCAAUUUUUUAUUGUAUGGCAGAUUUGCAUACAACUUGUAUUUAAUGGAUUUGAUGCAAUUGUUAAUAUCAAUAUACAUUUUCAAGGAUGUUAUUUUUUUAAUGGUAAAGUCACUUAAAGUUUCAAAACUUGUACAUUCUCUAAGUACGUAGUGAAUAGUGAGAGUAUGGUUUUGAAUAAUACAGUUAAAAAAAUUUUGGAAUUAAUUACUUAACGCUGUACAUUAAUUUGUUACUUGUCUUUUAAUAUCAAAGGAAAUGACAGACUGCGCAUAUAACGGUGCUUAGUUUUUGUUAAACGUAAUUCUGUGAGAAUAUUAAAAGUUAGCAUAAUUUUUUUUUUUAGUUAAUUUGGAACUGAUUUGUUUUGUAGUUAUAGGUUUUAAUGUGUUAAAUUAUAAAUUAUUUUCAGAAAAUUAAAUUUAGAAAUUAA